AUGCUUUGGGUUCUUCUUACCCUGGCUUCUGGUUACCCUUUGGUGAGAAAAAAAGCCAGUGAUAUUCCCUCAAUCAAGGCAAUUUGCCCGGAUUCUUUUGUGUCAGCAUGUGAAUCCUUGAAGAAGCAUCAAGGAUUAAGACGUCGUUUAGGGCUUGUUCAACCAGUCGGAAUUUAG